AGGAACGAUAAUCACCCUUAACUUUCAUUUUCAUUUUACCAAACACAAAAUAACCAAGUCAUCAUUCUUUGACAUAUCACCUGACAGCAAUGUCAGAUUCUGGAAGAUUCUCUUCAGUUGAUUACGAAAUACACGGAAGUGUACAGGGUGUAUUUUUUAGACAGUAUACAUUAGAUAAAGCACAAGAAGUAGGAGUAGUAGGCUGGGUGAUGAACACAGAAUCAGGAACUGUCAAAGGAACAUUUCAAGGAACCCAGCUUCAAGUUGAUGAAAUGAAACAUUUUGUCAGCAAAGUUGGCAGUCCUAUGAGCGAAAUUACUAGAGCUGUUUUCACCAAUGAAAAAGAAAUAGUACAAAAAGACUACAAAAGAUUUUCUGUGGCAGGUGGAGACUGGUGAACAAGAAUAGAACUGUUUUGCACUGUGUGUUUAUUCAAAGUUGUGUUAGGUGAUCUUUAAAUGCAUUUUGUGACUUAUUAAUAGAUGUUUGACUGAAAAUUACUUCUCCUUGAAGCAUUAAUUGUCAUAAAGGUUCUGUUUCUUAUGUCCCAACAGAUUCUAGCAAAAUGAUCAUAUAUCCAAUGUUAGAUUUUAUCAAUCCUUAAUUUUUGUAUAAUACUGACACUUAUUCAAAAGUAAUAGUAUGAUUCAUUUAAAUAUAUUUUUUAGAGAAUACAUUAAUACGGUUUCAAUAUGUUAAGAAUAAUAUGUUAUUAAAAAAAUAGAAAAUGGGUCUCUAUGACAGUGAACUUGUUAAAAAAAAUAUUGAAGGUUACUUAUGAAAGUUGACCAAAGUCUCUAAAUACUGAAAUAAAUGUCAGUCACUAAAACAUUCCACAGAUUUCUUGUGAUUUCACUGAAGUACAGUGUUCUAUAGAUGGUAUGAAAGAUAUUAAAUAAAAGAAAAUAUAAGCAAGGUAACACAUUCAUACAAUUUAGAUCAUAGUGACCUUAUUCGAUGGAAUUAUAAUGUACUAUAUGAUAUUAUAGUGAAUAAUGUUGAUUACUGAAGAAUGAACUAGCAUCCAAAAUAAACCUGUCACACAAAAAUAGAAUAUGGGUGUUAGUGUCUCAAAUGCCUUAGAAGUAUCUGGUAUUGUACCAUAGGACUGCAGUGGUGAAUAUCACCUUUUAAUAUCGGAUUUUAAAAUAUAAAAUAUAAUGGACCUGUAUGAUACACUAUAAAAUAAUAUAUACCUUUAUUUAUCAGGUUCUUUUGAAUGGACCCUAAUCAAGAACUUAAACUUAGGGGAUGAAUAUACAAGAGCCCAAGUUCCUUUCUAAAUUUAUUUUCUUGCUCGUUAUUUGGCACUGGACAUUAAUGAACUCUUCCUUAUUUAAGGCUAGGAUCAUAAUACAAUGAAUGGAAUCAUAUAAUUUUUGGCAUCAAUACUUGAGUUACCAGAUAUUAUCUUUUGAGCAAUAAAUCAGAUCUUAUAAACAAUCACUUUUGCAUUACUACAUCAAGACAUUUUCUCUUAUGACGUCAACAUUUUAUAGGAACGUCUGUUAUGGCCAGUAAUGGCAACAAAUAGUGAUAAGGUGUGUGGUUUAUAUUGUCCUUUGGGGAAAUGAAGAGUUGUGUUGAUUUUUUGGUUAAAGAUGGUAGAUUUUUAAAUCAUACAUCCAACCUCUACCAAACUUUAAAGGAACCUUUUGAUAUUUUGACAUGUGGGAGUAUCACCUUUUGGUGUUUCUGUGCUAUUUUGCAUAUAUAUAUUUAAUUUUUAAGCCAAAAGGUAAAACGCUAAAGGUAACAGUGACUAUCAACAUGUGGUUUGGGUAUGAUUUCAUUUGCUGACUUUUGGUUUAAAGCAACUUGUAAAAAGAGAAAGAUCACUAUCAAUAGUUGAGGGCAUUAGAUCAAAGUUUACAAGUAGACUAUUUGUUUUGUUCUUACCAAAACUUCUACAUCUUAUAAAGCCUUUGUUAAUUGGUUUCAUAUCAUUUGCAUUUUAUAGAUAUGUUCAAACAAAAAUUAUUGGCAUAUAUUAAAGCAUAAUGUACUUUAAACCAGAAAAUUUUUUUCUUCACUUUUUUUUGGUAUUAUUUGUUUUGUUUGCAUUUUUGGGUAGCAUCUGUUGGCUGGGCCAGUUAUUACUUGUUUUGUAAUGUCAAAGUGAAUUGUAUUUUCAUUUUAAUGCCAUAUUUAAAGCAUAUACAAUAUAGUAUUACACAUAUCAGUUUUAUUUACAUAUGUACCUUAUAGUGAUUUCUGAUCAAACAACUUGUACAUUUUUUCCUUGGAACAGUAAAAGGGAGGUGAUAUUAAUGUUCUGUCAACAAUUACAAUUGUAUUAUAUGUACAACAGGUUGAGAAACAUGUUGAAUUGCUUCUUGAGUCUCUUAGAAGCGUUAUUUUAAGGUAAACCUACAGUAUUAUAGUUAAAAGUGGUGUUCAUUUUUACUGUCAUGUUCACUUAUAUACAAUGUUUUUAUAUUAAAAGGUUUUUUUCACUUUUAUA